AUGGGUGGCGGUGGAAGUAAGAAAGCAAAAGGAAAGGCUGCUCAACAAGAACCGCUAAAUCAACCGACUGGAUCAAAUAUACAACAGGAAAAUAAAUCGGAAGUAAAAAAUGCAUCACCAGCAUCAUCACCAUCACCAACCAAAGCAAACAGUGCAUCACCAUCACCAACCAAAGUAAAGAGUGCAUCAUCACCAGUACCAUCACCAACCAAAGCAAACAAUAACAAUGAAUUUGAUGGACACGAUAGUCGUACUUCACAUGAUGAACUGAAUAAUAAUAAUUUUCCAAUUGAUAUUGAUCGAACACCAUCACCUAUUGACACCCCAGUUGAGCAAUCAAAAUCACCUGUAUCAAGACGGUCUUUAAAUGCGAAUUCUGCACAAUCAAACAAUAGUCAUCGAAAGGGUUCAAGAUCAUCUAAAUUGGAUACACAUUCAGAUGGAAAAAUUUCUGUUGCAUCAAUCCAUCAACACAGUGGUACCUGUCGAUACUGUCCACAUUGUCGAAAAAUGGCAGAUGGAAAAAUACCGCCAACUCCAGGUUGGAUCAUAAAAAAUCCAGGUAUCGGUCAACUUAUAAUUAAAAUGGAUAAAUAUGAUCUUGAAGCUGUUAGAGAAAAAAUUACUACAGAAAAUGGUCAUUAUCCUGGUUGUUAUGAUUAUCGACCUUAUCUAACAAUCGAAGAAGAUAAUGAUAAGGAUGAUCGAAAAGAAACUGAUUAUUAUACACAACCGUUUGUUACUCGAAAAAAAUCGAGUAUUUUAACUUCGCAUACUCCGUAUCCAGACUAUAAUAAUCUGCAACGUCGCGAACAACGUUUAAACAAACCCUAUGAAACGACAUUGUUCGUUGAUUAG